AUAUGUGGGUAGAUUAAGUAAUCAGGCGCCGACUGAAUGUGGGUAGGUGUAUUUCUGUCUCUUCAAUAAAUCCUAUACCGAACGGACGUGUUUCCUUGGUCUCAUCAGCUCAGAUCCAUAUCCUGGCCUGAAGGCAUAUUUAAUAGUGGCGACGGGACUGUGAUCUACGUGUGGAACAUUUUAGUGUUGUGGUUUAGUUCAUUGCAGUGAAUAAAAACAGUAAUAAUGGCAGUCGGAAAAAUAGCCCCUUUCGAUAUGGACAAAGAUUGUUGGGACUUAUACGUGGAGCGUUUGGAACAAUAUUUUAUAGCGAAUACAGUGAGUGAAUCGGUUAAAGUGGCUACCUUAAUUACGGUGGUAGGCAGGGACGCGUAUGAACUUAUGGUUAAUUUGUGUACGCCGGCCCGCCCGGCAACAAAGACUUUUGAUCAGUUGAAGGCCAUCAUGAAAUCGCACUUGCAACCUAAACCGAGUGUGUUAGCAGAAAGGUUCAAAUUCCGACAACGACGUCAAGCAAGUGACGAAAGCAUAGCGGAGUAUGUCGCGGCGUUGAAGAAAAUGUCAAUGACUUGCAAUUUUGGCGCGGACUCAUUGCAAGACAAUUUAAGAGACCAAUUUGUUUGCGGUUUAUCGAAGGAUGUUAUACGACAGCGGCUAUUCGCAGAGGAGGAAAUCACGUUCGAGAAAGCAUUCAAAUUAGCCGUAACGAUAGAUUCGGCCGAGACGGAAUCGGCGGUCAUGGAAAAGCGAGUAGACAACCAUGGAGGAAGUACGGGUGUCUACCAGGUGGCCUCGAGCUGGGGGCGAGGGAGCUACGGUAACGGUGAAGCCGCCGGGGGACGGAAGGUCACGGGGGCUACGCGAGGCGGGGCAGGCGCCGGGCGCGGCGCGAGCGGCCGCGGCGGACGACGCGGCCCGGGCGCCACGGGCGCCGGCCGCGGCCGCGGCGCGCACGGCGGCGCAGCUGGCUGCAAGACGUGCGGCGGCAGUCAUGACUCCAACACGUGCAAAUUUAAGGCGUACGUGUGUCGGGUGUGCAACCGAGAUGGACAUCUGAAGAGGAUGUGUCCGAGACUACGCGAGGAACAGCUGUUCGCGUUGUAUGACGGAGGCGCGGACGGGCAGGUGGCGUAUGACGACAGCGAGGGAAGUGACGAGUUCCAGGUUUAAAGAAGUUUUUGAAGACGGUUUGGGGCGGUUCACGGGCGGCAAGGUCGGGUUCGCGCUGCGCGAGGGGGCGCGUCCGGUGUUCCUGCGCGCGCGCCCGCUGCCGUACGCGCUGCGCGAGCCGGUGGAGCGCGCGCUCGAUCAGCUGGUGCGCGACGGCAUCGUCACGCCCGUGCCCACCUCCGACUGGGCCACUCCAGUCGUACCGGUAAUGAAAAAAGAUGGGACUAUUCGUUUGUGUGGGGAUUUCAAAUUGACACUAAAUAAAUGUUUGCAAGUGGAUCAUUUUCCAGUACCUCGAGUAGACGAUUUGUUGACAAAAUUGCAUAAGGGGGAUAAAUUUUCGAAAAUUGACUUAUCCCAAGCGUACGCGCAAUUCGAAUUAGACGACUCAAAACAAUACACCGUAAUUAAUACCCACAAAGGCUUGUUUAUGUAUAAUCGUUUAAUUUAUGGCUUAUCUUCUAGCCCCGGUAUAUUUCAAAGGAAGCUAGAGCAGUUGUUUGCGGACUUGCCGACGGUAGGCGUUUUCUUGGAUGACAUUAUUAUAACUGGUUCCGACGAUCGGGCUCAUUUAGAAACCCUCACAGAGGUAUUUGAGAGAUUACGGAAAUAUGGGUUAAAGGUAAAAAAAGAAAAAUGCUCUUUUUUUGCACCGUCGGUGACGUAUUUAGGUUUUGUCAUUAGCAAAAAAGGUGUGCACACGUGUCCUGAGAAAAUAACGGCCAUUAAAGAAGUAGGAGAACCAAGUAAUGUGUCGGAGCUUCGCUCGUUUUUGGGUCUCAUUAUGUAUUACGCCAAAUUUGUACCUAACGUGAGUACUAU